GCAGUUAAAGGGCGCGUGGAGAUCUUACGAGCUCCACACACUCACUGAAGCCCAAUCGCAGCUACUUCCGCCAACACUAAAGAUGGCGGCUCCCUUCAUGGAGAAAUUAGCCGAAUAUUUACGUUCACCCGAACCGGCGGUUCGAUUGAUUCUGUCAAUCUUAUUAGGUUAUCCCUUUGCACUGGUGUACCGGUGGUUUUUCUUUCAUCAGUCUGCAACAGUUGUUCAUCUCUUCCACACAUUCUCCGGGUUGGCACUGGCCACGUUUAAUUUUGGGUCUCAGGUCUAUCACUCCUUCUUAUGCAUAGUCAUUCAGUUCUUGUUGCUGAGGCUGAUGGGAAGGACAGUCACAUGCGUUUUGAGUAGCUUUAUCUUUCAGAUGAUAUAUCUGUUGAUGGGUUAUUACUUCACAGCUACAGAGGAGUAUGAUAUUAAAUGGACCAUGCCUCACUGUGUCCUCACGCUCAAACUCAUCGGUUUAGCACUCGAUUAUUAUGAUGGUGGAAAAGAACAAUCUCAGCUGAGUGCAGACCAGAAGAAGUCAGCUCUCAAUUCUACACCGUCUUUGUUGGAGGUUUUUGGUUUCUCAUACUUCUAUGGAGGCUUCCUGGUAGGGCCUCAGUUUACACUGCAAAACUACCAUCAUCUGGUGUCUCGAGAGAUGUCUGAUGUUCCUGGACAACUACCCAAUAGUGUGGUUCCAGCAAUGAAGCGAUUCGGUUUAGGUCUGGUCACCCUAUCAGUCUUUGCGAUAGGUGGGCCACACUACUCCGAUAGCUACUACUUAACAGAUGAGUUUGAGGCACAUCCAUUCUGGUACAAGUGUGUGUACAUGCUACUGUGGAUGAAAAUAAACCUGUAUAAGUACAUCAGCUGCUGGCUAAUCACGGAAGGUGUCUGUAUACUCUCUGGGCUGGGCUAUAAUGGGAAGAACGAAAAAGGGGAGCACCAAUGGGAUGCCUGUGCAAAUGUGAGGCUGUGGCUAUUUGAGACCACCCCGCUAUUCACAGGAACCAUCAAUUCCUUCAACAUCAACACAAAUGCUUGGGUUGCCAGGCACGUGUUUAAGAGGCUGAGGUUUUUGGGUAACAAGUUGUUAUCUCAAAUGUUCACAUUGUUAUUCCUGGCGAUCUGGCACGGCUUGCACUCAGGGUACCUCAUCUGCUUCUCCUUGGAGUUCAUCAUUGUCAAUGUGGAGAGAAAGGCUGAGUCACUGGUGCGGGACAGUCCUUUGCUGACAUCUAUUGCUCAGAGUCAUCUGUAUCCAGUUGUAUAUGUAGUACAGCAGUUAAUUCACUGGCUCUUUAUGGGAUACCCUCUGGUGCCAUUCAGCCUCUUCACUUACGACAAGUGGCUCAAGGUGUACUCCUCUAUAUAUUUCUGUGGUCACAUCUUUUUCUUCAUUGCCUUUCUCGUCCUGCCAUACCUCCGCAAGGUGUUCGUGCCUCGAAAAAGAGGCAGUGAGAAAAAGGAGGAUUAAUUAAAAUGGUUUGACUGAAGUGAACUGUGACUUUUAAAGAGCGCCUGAAGAGGACACAUUUUAAGGCCUUUAGUAAUAUAUUUCUAUUUACACUGAAGUGUGUGUACAAAUGUUAGUCCGUUGAAAGUUUUUUGCGUUCUUUGGGGGUACUGUAAUGAAAGAGGUUAAAAGCUGCAGAUAUACAAGCAUUUUUGAGGUUCAAUAUUUGUGAAUGUUUGGUGGAUAACAAUAUUUAUAUUGUGUCUGCUCAUACCAUUGCACUCGAUUCUUCAAAUGAUCUCAUUUCCUGUUUCCUGUCUAAUCAGAGAACUGGCUUUGGCUGUGGCUGAGGCCACGUGUGCACUUUUAGAAGGGAAGCAGAGGACGCAUUUGAAAGAUGGGAACAAAUUAGAUGUUUUAUUUUCCUUUGCUAGGAAUAUUUCAACCUCAUUUACCCUAAAAAGACAAUGAAAUGAAAAAAAAUGCAGAGACUGAGCAUCGCCUGGCAUUACAAAUGAAUGUUUUUCAUUUUUAUAACCAUUUUUUCUUGUGACCAGACAACUUUGAUGGCGACUCUUCUUUUUUUAAGAAUGGGUUUUAUGAUAACUACAUUUUGUAUAGCUUUUUGAAACUUUCAUAAACGGAUCAUCAUUCUGUCAUCUCAUCCUCUCACUCCAUUUAACCCUUUCUGUCCAUCCAUCUGACCUUUUCUCAUUCACUCAAUUUUUCUCCAACAAUUUUUUUUUUGUCCAGUGUAUGAGCACAAGCUACUAGCUAGAAUCAUGAAUAUGGUGGUAAAUCUGUGUCAGUAUUAUUAAGAGCAGAGUAUUUAAAUUAUAAGUAUUUCAGUAAAUUGUGCAAACAGAUGGCACUAUAAGAAAUUGCUGUGUUGAAUCCUUAAAAAGUGUUGGUGCAUAUUUCUCAUCACACAUCAGGAUCUGCUCUCAAUAAUUCCUGUGCAUAUUUGCCUUCGUAUCGGUUUUGUAUAACUUGACAUAUUGAAGAUCCUUGGCACAAAUGUAUAUGACUCUUCAGUGAGGGCUAAAACCUGCACCUUGAUUCAAUUCAAGGAAGCAGAGGCUCACUGUAGCAUCAAAGUUGUUUUAUAAUAUUUAUACAUGUGGUUGCAAAUUUUAUGGAUGUAAAAAUUGUUUUUGGGAAACAACUACUGCCUUACUGCUACCAAAUGUACAAAAAGAGUGUGAGAGAAAGAGAGAGAGAAACAACUACUUUUAAACAAAACCGUUUUUGUAAUACUCAUUAAAAAUGCUGGAUUUGAA